CAAAUCAAAAUGUCAGAGCAAGUAAUUGAAGAAUUACUAAACAAACUUAAAUCUGCGUCGUUAGCAAUCGGUGGUACCGAAAUUACAUUAGAUUGUAAUGAUUUAGAUGACUAUCAUAUUGAAAAAGCUCAGCGUGAAUUGCGCGAAACACCUGAAUUGGUUCAGGAAUCAUUUAAAAUUCUCGGCGAUUUGCUUGGAGAUGAAGAAAAUUUAUUCAUACCAUUGGAUCAAAAGUUUUUACAGAGAUUUCUUCGACGAUGUAAAUGGUAUCCAAGAAGUACUUUUAAAUUGAUACAACGGUUCUAUGAGUACCAGAAAAAUCAUCCAGAAUUCUUCGAUAAUUUAUUACCGAGCAAUGAACGAGCGAUUUUCACAUCGGAAAUUUUGACACCUCUACCACUACGUACUUCAGAUGGCUUGAGAAUCUUCGUAAUCCAGGCUGGACGAAAGUGGAAUCCUAAGGAGGUUUCACUCAAUCAAAUUUUUCGUGGAGUCAUACUCAAUCUUAUAGUUGCUAUUUCCGAACCAAAAACGCAAGUUUCCGGAGUUCGAGUAAUCUUGGAUAUGGAAGGCUUAACAUUAACGCACGUAACUUACUUCACGCCAAGUUUUGCCUCUGCAAUUAUCGAAUUUGUACAAAAAUGUUUACCGUGUCGUUUAAAGGGUGUUCAUAUUAUCAAUCAGUCAUUUAUUUUUGAUAUGGUAUUUGCAUUUUUUAAACCAUUUUUACAUGGAAAACUUCGAGACAGAAUAUAUUUUCAUGGUGAUAAUAAAGCGUCAUUAUUAAGCUAUAUUGAUUCGAAAGUCCUACCCAAAAAAUUCGGUGGAGAUUUUGAUUUACCAGAAGAAUCGUUCGGUGAACUAUUUUAUCAACAUGCAGCCCAUUUCGAAGAUUAUUUUAUUGAUUACAAUAGAUAUGGUUAUGUUUCGGAAAUUUAGUAAAAAAUUUACAAGUGAAGUAUAAGGUCUGACAAGCGACGACAUAAUGCAUUUUCUUUCAACCUUUCUAACUAUAUUUUCGAAUACAAUAAUUUAAGAAAAAUUGUAUUCACUUGUUUCAAUUACUUUAUAAGUUAUAAGA